AGGCCACGGUGAAUUGGCCCCGCAGAUCUCCAGGGUUUUAGCAGAGCCCAGUAAAAUCGGCGGAGGCAUCCAAUCCGGCUUGCGAGUUUGCGACUUCUUUCUAUUCUCUCUAUCGCCGCUGCCUCUCUCUCCCUCCUUCCUUUUCCUGGUCGCGACAGCGCCGCGCUAAUCGAUCCCUUUUGCCCACGCCGCCGUUGCCUCCAACUCCAACCAGGUUGGUUUGGUAGCCGCCACCUCCUUCCGGAUCCGUUCACCACAAUCUUUUUGGUUUCGCUCCUUCCGCAGCCGUCGGGUGUGAUCCAUGGAGAACGGCGGUGGCGUCGGUGAAGGGCGCUCGGAGAAUCGGGCGGGCGAGAACGGCGGAGUCGCCGAGGCAGCCACUGCGGCGGAUGAGGGAGAUUGUGAUGUGGUGGUGGAGGGCGGAGAUGAAGGGGACAUGCCGCCCGGUGCGGUGGCGGCGGGCGAUCACCAGCCAAUGGUGACGCCGAACACCAGAGCGGUGCUGGAAACAGGACAGCUUGCGGCAGACAAGUGGGACGAGGACGAUACUCCCCGUUUCAUUGACGUGGAGGAAAGCUUUGCCGAUGAUGUGAAUCAAGAUCACGUGGAGGAGAAUGCCAUGGGGCAAUCGAUCAGGGAAUACGUGACCGCAGCUGUUUUGGCUGAUCGUAAAAAGGAGAGGUUAGACAAGGACCAUAACUUUUUUGCAACUCGUGAUAACAAGGCUGAGGUCGCUGCACAAUCUGGGAGCGAGUAUGAAGAUGUAAAAGAUGGUACUUUGGUGUAUCAAAGCAAAGAGCAGCCAGGGACGAGCACGGAAGAUAUUGCUUCCUCACAUAGCAGGCCAGGGACAGUCACACAUUCUGCAGCUGAGCCUGCUGUUGCCAUUGAGGAAUUGGAUGACUCAAGCUCCUCAGCUGAUGAGAAUACCGCCACCUCUGCUCCUCCUGCACAAUUCUCAAGCGGUAGUUCUACACCUGCGCAAUCCAGCAGUGCUGCUUCUGCUCGUUCUACUAAUGGUCCCUCUUUGCCAUCUCGUCCUGCUGGCCUUGGAUCAUCGUCUUCCCUGUCACAGCCUCCUGCUCGUUCUGUUCAACAGGUCCAUGCCAACAGGCCAGCCAUUGUGGAAAGGGGAACCCAGGGGGCUACUGAGGAUGAUGGAGACGAGAAUGAUGAAAUCCAUGAAAAGCUUCAAAUGAUCCGGGUUAAGUUUCUUCGCCUUGCUAACAGGUUUGGGCAAACAUAUCAUAAUAUGGUCGUUUCACAGGUUCUGUACCGGCUUGGGCUGGCAGAACAACUUAGAAGAACUACUUCUAAUGGGUCAUUUAGCAUUGACCGUGCAAGAGACAUGGCAGAACGCCUUGAAGCUGCUGGAAAUGCGCCCCUUGAUUUUUCAUGCACCAUCUUGGUUCUUGGUAAAACUGGGGUCGGUAAGAGUGCUACCAUUAAUUCAGUUUUUGAUGAUACCAGGUUGGAUACAAACGCUUUUGAUUCUAGUACUAGGAAGGUUCAAGAAGUAGUUGGUAUGGUUGAGGGAAUCAAAGUGAAAGUGAUUGAUACACCUGGACUUUCCUGCUCAUCUUUAGAACAACACCGCAACCAGAAGGUUCUCAACUCUGUCAAGAGACUUAUUAGCAAAAACCCUCCAGAUAUUGUUCUUUAUUUUGAUAGGUUGGAUAUGCAGAGCAGGGACAAUUGUGACGUCCCUCUGCUGCAAACCAUCACAAAAGUGUUUGGAGCAUCGGUUUGGUUUAAUGCCAUUGUCGUGUUAACUCAUGCUGCAUCUGCGCCACCAGAUGGGCAGAAUGGAAUUCCUCUGAGCUAUGAGAUGUUUGUCACCCAGAGAUCUCAUGUAGUGCAACAAGCUAUAAGGCAAGCUGCUGGUGAUGUACGCCUUAUGAAUCCAGUAUCCCUCGUGGAAAACCACUCAGCAUGCAGGACAAAUAGGGCUGGCCAGAGGGUAUUGCCAAAUGGACAAGUCUGGAAGCCACAGUUACUGCUGCUUUGUUUUGCUUCAAAGGUGUUAGCAGAAGCCAAUGUGCUCCUUAAGUUGCAGGAUAGUCCCAUUGGUAAACUUUCUCGUACAAGGAUUCCUCCACUGCCUUUCCUCCUCUCUUCCCUUCUUCAGUCUCGUGCCCCACUGAAGUUACCAGAGGAGCAAUUUGGUGGUGAUGAUGAUGAUCUUGAAGAUGAUUUGGCAGAUGAUUCUGAUUCAGAUGAUGGUUCAGAUUAUGAUGAUUUACCUCCAUUUAAGCGUCUCACAAAAGCUCAGCUUGCCAAGCUGAACAGGGAGCAGAGGAAGGCCUAUCUUGAGGAGCUAGAUUACAGAGAGAAGUUGUUCUAUCAAAAACAGCUGAAAGAGGAAAGAAAACGUCGUAAAUUGAUGAAGAAAAUGGCAGCAGAAGCCAGUGCUCGUGCAAAUGAUUUCAGCAACAGCAACCUAGAAGAUGAUGCUACUACUCCAACUAAUGUUUCAGUGCCUAUGCCUGACAUGGUACUGCCCUCAUCUUUUGAUUCUGACUACCCUAGCCAUCGCUAUCGUUUCCUGGAUACACCAAGUGAAUGGCUUGUCAGACCUGUAUUGGAAACACAGGGCUGGGACCAUGAUGUUGGUUACGAGGGACUUAAUGUUGAAAGAUUGUUUGCCGUAAAAGGUAAAGUUCCUCUAUCAGUGUCUGGCCAGCUUACAAAAGACAAGAAGGAUUGCUCCCUGCAAAUGGAGGUUGCAAGUUCAAUUAAGCAUGCUGAAGGUAAGACUACUUCACUUGGGCUUGAUUUGCAGUCUGUCGGCAGGGAUAUGGCAUACACAAUCCGUGGCGAAUCGAGAUUUAAGAACUUCAGGCGCAACAAUACAUCUGCUGGGAUAUCUGCUACGCUUCUUGGGGAUUCAGUAUCAGCUGGUAUGAAGAUUGAGGACAAACUGAUAGUGAACAAGCAGCUUAGGGUCCUGGUUAGCAGCGGGGCCAUGAGUGGGAGGGGAGACAUGGCCUAUGGAGGCCGCCUUGAAGCAACGAUGAGAGACAAAGAUUACCCGAUUGGGCGGAUGCUUUCCACUGUUGCAUUAUCUGUUGUGGAUUGGCACGGGGAUCUGGCAAUUGGCUGCAACAUCCAGUCUCAGAUCCCCGCUGGAAGAGCUAGCAACUUGGUUGGCCACGCUAAUCUAAGCAACAAGGGGACUGGCCAAGUCGGGAUUCGCCUCAACAGCUCGGAGCAUCUUGAGAUCGCACUCGUGGCCCUCGUGCCGAUAUUCCAGAACAUCAUGAAGCUGUUACAGAAUUACUCGGAAUCUGGCUAGUCCCUCGUGCCGAUGUUCCAGAACAUCAUGAAGCUGUUACAGAAUUACUGAGAAUCCGGCUAGUACUUUUUUUUUCAUGUAAGCCUGAGAAAACAGAGCAUCAUAGGUUAAAAUCUAGCUUAAGCUAGAACUUUACUUCCAAUUAUUAUUUUGUUCUUUUGUUGCCAACUUUGUAACUAUGCUCUCCUCUGGGCUUUUUUUUUUUUAAGUUGGAGUAGCAUUCUUAGGGCUAGUUUGGGAGCUACAAAACCGAAUAGGAUUGGAGUGACUAAAAUCCCCUUAUUCAAAUUUAAAUAAGAAGUGGAUUUUAGCCCCUCUAAUCCAUUUUGGUUUUGUAGCUCCUAGACUAGACCUUAUAAUGUAAGAUUCCCCCUGAGCUCUUUCUGAUGAAGCUGGAUUGGAGAAUUCAUCGUGUCA